AAGAUGUAAGCAGACACUGAGACGUAAACCAGACAGAAAGGACUAUUUUCUGAGUUUGGACUGUCGACACCUCAGAAGACCAAAUUCUUACGUAUCCUGAUAUUUGGAAAACAUCGAAUAUAAUCCACACAUAUUGUUAGAAGAACUUGCCUAAGAAAAUGCUUGGAGAAGCCUUCCUAACAGAAUUCUUUUACAAAGAACAUAAACAUGCAAAAUUUCAUAAACCACUAAGAUGUAAGAAGACACCAAAUGAUGAAAAGGAAAAUUGGGAAAAUAAUCUUCUAGAUAUACAGAACAAUUCACCUCCCCCUCUUAAGAUGGGAAAUCAAGAGAAAGUUGUAGAAGGAAGUCUAACUAAAGAUAAUACAUCUCAAAUGGAAUCUGUGGAUGAGUUACCUGUUGCAAAAUUCAGAAGUACACCUCUUCCAGGAAAUGUAUCCAUUGCAUUGCCCAUUCCAAAGAGGGGACAUGAUGAAACACAACUGGAUUUAUAUCGGUCUUGGUCCUGUACAAGUAUUUGCCAGAAUUACCCUGACCUACAGAUAGGAGGUGACCACGUUCGAAACAUGUAUGAUUCUGGCUGCUUUGUGGAACAAGCCCAUGAUGAUGUCUGUAAUGGUCCUCUUUUACUUUCAGCGGAUAUGCCAUUGGGCCACUCUCAUAAAACGGGGCCUCUGGAGAAAACAACUGCUUCAAAAUUAUUAAAUGGGGAUGAGAUUCGAGAAAAGAGUAUGCUCUUACAUAAGCAACCCCUUUCUAAUUCUAUGCUUAAUAGUUAUAUGGAAAAAAAGGUGGAUGAACUCUACAAACAGUUUUUGGAAGAAAACCUUACCAGGUGUCUCUCUAUAACCAACCUUCUGGCUUCUAAUAUACUGAUGAAUAAUGUUAAUCAAAUUAGCCUUCAAAUCUCUCAAGACCAGAACAUAGAGGCAUCCAAAGCCCGAGAAGCCCUACUCCACUCUUUAGCACGCUGUAAUUUUCGUAAUUCUUCCAAUAGAAAUAGCACUGAAUUAAGCACGCCUAAUCUACAGAUAUCAAACCAGACUAGUCGGGAACUUGUAAGACGUCUGUAAUGGGGAAUCAACUAAAGACUGGCUGGAUCAAAUAAGAGAUCACAGUAACAAUUGUGUUCUUUUGCUUCUUGUGUCUCUUUGAGUUUCCUUCGUGGUGGUGUUACUUUUCAGAGAAAAAAAUCUAUCUUUGUGCAUAUAAAUUCUAUCAUGUAAUCCACAUGAAAAGACAUUGCUGUUAAAGACUGUAGGAGAUAUGUACAUCAAGCACAAAUUCUGAACGUUUAUGAUUUCUUUCUGUUUUGACUCCUUCAGUGGUUGCCACAGUCAAGCUUGUAUGCUCUGGAUGUACAUAUUGUCACUAAGUUUUGUUUACCAGGAAAGUGCUAUAAGAAGUCCAUGAAGCUACUGAAGAGGUCACAGAAGUUGUAUUAGAAAUGGUUAGAGGCAUAUUAUCAGUGUUUAAAUAACCUUCCUCUUAUUUGUGGUACACAAGAUCAUUUACAUUGACAACCAGAUUAGCCUUGGUACCUUU